AUGGAUUCAAGGAAUCCAUAUAGUCAGUCAUCUAGUUAUAUGGGCCUUCUUAACAGUCAAAACUUUCCUUAUGAAAGUUUCCCUCAGUUUAGUUCACAACAAACCGACGCUGGAACUCAAUCUGAAGACACACCUGUGGACCGUAAGGAGAGAAGGAAAUGGACCCCAUCCGAUGACGAUGUUCUAAUCAGCGGGUGGCUGAACACAUCUAAGGAUGCGAUCGUUGGAAAUGAUCAAAAGUCAGGGAGUGUUUGGAAACGAGUAGGCGAAUAUGUCGCAGCUAUUCCACAUGCUAGAGAGGGUGGUAAAACAAGAGAGCAUCUCCAUUGCAAGCAAAGGUGGCACAAAAUCAAUGAUCUAGUGAGCAAGUUCUGUGGCGCAUAUGCUGCAGCUGAAAGACAAAUCAGUUCUGGUCAGAAUGAAACAGAUGUUCUCAAGAUGGCUCAUGCGAUCUACUACGCUGAUCAGCACUCGAAGUUUAAUCUUGAGCAUGCGUGGUGUGUGUUGAGGUAUGAACAGAAAUGGCUUAACCUCAACACACCUAAACCCACUGGCAGUUCAAAGAGAAAAAUUGGUGAGACAGUUUCCGAAACUUCAAGCACGUGUCAUGGUGAUCAAGACAUCCGUCCUGAAGGUGUAAAGGCUGCUAAAGCUAAAAGGAAUAAUGGUCAAGGGAAGUCUGUUGCUGAGUAUUCGACCAUUUGGGAAAUGAAGAAGGAGGAUAUCAUGAUGAAGGAGAAGCUGUCUAAGCUGGCCAUACUAGACACUCUCCUAGCCAAAAAAGACCCACUGACUGAAGCUGAAGAAGUUGUCAAGAAUAAGCUACUCGCUGAGUAUUUCUGA